UAAAAAAAUUAUGUCAAUCAAUUUAUGAAUAAAAUCGAAUAAAAAUAUAGAGGUUAUUAAUUUCUAAUGAAAAUGAACGUUAGUAAUUGUUCUUUAACAUUAUCGGGUCCAAGUCAGGUAUCGAUAACAGGUAAGAGACGUUUUUAUUUUGAUCUUUGUCACUUUGACACGAAACGAGAUUUUUUUUCCGACGAAAUUUCAGAGAGUGAGACCGUUCAGACAAGACACAAUUAUUAUACCCGAUCUGCAGCACGAUCUAAAUCGCAAGCUUCAAACGUUUCUAUAAUUUCCGAUGCAAUCGUUACACGAAAAAGCGGCAAUCUAACCCCUUCUCCAAUUAUAAAUAAUCGACAAUUAAUUAAUAAUCAGUUGGUAAUGAGGAGAAAUUACAAUACAGUUCUAUGUAAUCAAAAUUAUAAUCAAUGGGAGCGAAUUUGCAGAUACGUUAUAAUAUUCUUUGCAAUAGGUAGCGUUGUUUUAAUAUGUUCAUAUUUGGGCCAUAGUUUAUCGGAAUCACAAGGAUCUGUCGAUUGCGUUAAAAAGGAAUUAAAAAAAUUUAAAACAGAUAUGUUCGAUUUAAAGGGUGAAGUGCAAGAUAUAAUUUCCAACAAGGAACACACGAAUAAAAAAUUAGAAAUUAUCCAAGGAUUAUUAACCGAUUUGAAAUCAAGUAAUGCAAUGUUAUCGGAAAUCAAAGAGAAAUGUGACUCAAAUGGUCACAAACAAAAAGCUUCUUCAAGCGAUAUCACAAAUGCGUUAAAUAAAUACGACGCUGAUAAAACGGGGAAAACCGACUUUGCAUUAGAAUCGGCCGGAGGAAGUAUCGUUACAAUAAAAGAUACGGAAAAUUAUCCCAUUGGUGAAAGUGUACGAUUUUUAGGGGUUCCUUUAUGUCCGGCUAGUAACGGUGCUAGAACUAUGAUACAACCUGGAAACCUUCCCGGUGAAUGUUGGGCGUUUAAAGGUUCGAAAGGUGUCGCUAUAAUCAGAUUAUUAGGUAAAGUGCGCGUUACAAGUGUUAGUUUGGAACAUAUUCAAAAAUCCAUGUCGCCCUCGGGGGAAAUAACAACAGCACCAAAAGAUUUUAGUAUAACUGGCUUGAAAUGUAUAAAUCAAAAAGAAGGAUUAUUACUCGGAAAGUUUACAUACAACUCAAACGGACCCCCAAUUCAAGAGUUUAAAGUAGCAUCUUCGCAAAAUGCGUUUAAUUUUAUCGAAUUUAAAGUACAUUCAAAUCAUGGAAAUCCGGAUUUUACAUGUGUAUAUAGGUUAAGAAUUCAUGGUGAACUGGAAGGAAAACGAAUUUAACGAAGACUAUACCCGCUUUUAUUUAUUAUAUUUAUCACUUUUAAGUCAUAUUUUUAGUGAAAAUAAAUAGUAAUACUUACAU